AUGGGCUUUAAGCAACUGUUUCAUCAUCCACCAUUGAAGUAUCAGGUUGCAACCUUGAAAGAAAUGUUGAGCGCUUUGACAUUAUCUAAAGCCUUGCUCUUGCACGUCCGAAUCGGUAAUAAAGCUUUCGAAGCGGAAUGUUUGGACUUGCUCUUGAAGGUUUCCAUCCUUCAUGGAAUAGUGAUGGGAGGUGGACUUGGUGUUUCUGCACAUGGUAGAUUUCGAGUUGCAACAGAGAAAACGGUUUGUGCUAUGCCUGAAGCAGCUUUGGGAGUCUUUCCUGAUGUAGGUGCAUCUUACUUUUAUUCGAGGCUUCCAGGAUUCUUCGGGGAAUAUGCUGGUCUUACUGGUGCUAGGUUGGAUGGUGCUGACAUGCUUGCUUGUGGUCUAGCAACUCAUUUUGUACCCUCGGAGAGAUUGCCAUUUUUAGAACAAGAAUUAGUUAAAAUCAAUACAAGUGAUCCAGAUGUUAUUUCUGCCAUCAUUAGCCACUUCUCUAACAUACCGAAGUUGAAAGCAGAAAGUCCUUAUAACAAGAUGAGGAUUAUUGAUUGCUGUUUCUCUCGAAGAACAGUCGAAGAAAUCAUAUCUUCUCUUGGAAAUGAGGCUUUGAACAACAAGGAUGACUGGAUCUCUUCAACCAUCCAAUCAAUGAAGAAAGCAUCCCCGAUAAGUCUUAAAAUUACAUUGAGAUCAAUACGACAAGGGAGGCUGCAAGAUGUUGGUAGUUGCCUUAUUCGAGAGUAUAGAAUGGUUUGUCAUGUGUUUAGGGGAGAAUUCAGCAAGGAUUUUUUCGAGGGAUGCAGAGCCAUACUCAUUGACAAGGACAGAAAUCCCAAGUGGGAGCCCUCCAAACUGGAACAAAUUAGCGAUGAUGAUGUUGAUGGUUACUUCUCCAAGAUAGAGGAUGAAGAUUGGGAAGACUUAAAGCUGCCUCCAAGAUCAAACUUGCUUCCAUAUGCAAUUGCCAAGCUUUAAAAUUGACUCCUGAAUUAGAUGCUGCAAUACUCUCUACAGCUUGUUGCUCUCUGAUCACUACAUCAUUAUGAAGACCCAAUAAUU